AUGAAUCCUAUGACAAAUGUUAAAAAUGUGUUAAAACUCAGCGAGAGGGAACUAACUGGUAAUUCUAAAACAUCAUGGCAUGAUCAAUAUAAAGACAGUGCUUGGAUAUUUAUUGGUGGUAUGCCCUAUGAUUUAACAGAGGGUGAUGUAAUUUGUGUAUUUUCUCAGUACGGUGAAAUAGUUAACAUUAAUCUUGUAAGAGACAAAACAACUGGGAGAUCUAGAGGAUUUGCAUUUAUCUGCUAUGAAGAUCAACGUUCUACUAUCUUGGCCGUGGAUAAUUUAAAUGGAAUUAAGAUAUUGAAUCGGACAAUCCGGGUUGACCAUUGUGAACAGUACAGGGCACCUAAUGCUGAUAUGUCAAAAAUUGAUGAAUUGACAGCAACACUGAGGGUUGAAGGUUGUGCCCCAGUUGCAGUGAAAAAAGAACAAGUUACGAAAAGUUUAAAACAGGAAAAGGAACAUAAAGAAAAAAAGAAAAAACAUAAAGAGAAAAAGAAGAAAAAGAAAAAAAAAAGUAAGAAGUCUGAAGGUGAUAGUGAUACUAAUGAA